AUGAACAUCGAGACUCCAUUCACAGAAGGUCAGCCCGGUUAUGACUGGUUGGAUGGAUUUUUGAAGCGCAACCCUGAUGUAGUUCCCAGGAAGACUGAACACCUGGAUCGAGCUGUCUUCAGACCAGUGAAGGCGAAGUGGCAAUCUCUCCUUGUCAAACAUGCAAGAACCCACAAUGGCCCUGUCUCCAAGAAAGAUUUUGCAGCCAAGCUGAAAGUCCUUUUUGAGGAGUCUUUUGGCAGGGACACUGUGAAAGCAGGAUUCAGCUCAACAGGUCUAUGUCCUUUCAAUCCAUCAGCAAUUGUUCUUCCAGAGAGGCCUCAAGUUGGAUCCAUCACAUCUGCCUCCACUUCUGAUGAUCACCAGCGCUCUGGUUUCAUGCUGCAGACCUCCACUUCCAGUCCCCUACGUCCCCUGCCGCAGACCUCCACUUCCACAAGUUCCAGUCCCUUCCCACAGACCACUUCCAGUCCCCUGCCGCUUACCCCCACUCACUGUCCCCUGCUGCAGCCCUCUACUUCUGGACACCAGCCCUCUACCUCUGGACACCAGCUACAGCACUCUACUGGUUACCAGACCAUGGGUGCUGUUUCAUCUCCAUCUCCUGUCCUUUCCUUAGGCCUAAAGGACUUUUUUUUGAAGCAGCUGCAACCACGCUUCAGCAUGAGUACAGGCAGGUCAGCACGAGUGCAACGCUUUCGCUAUGGUGAAAGUCUGACGUCCGAAGAAAGCCUGAAAAGAGCAAGAGAAGCAGCUGAAGCAAAGGAAGCUGCCACUACAAGAGGGAAAGGGGAAGGAAAAGGCAAAGGACGAGGAAAACAGACCCAACGUGAGGAAUCGCCUUGUAACAGCAACAGGUCUCGAAGCCCAGUUUCCAGUGACAACGAAGAAUGCAAGCGAUGUGGCCAAAGUGGAGGCAACAACUGGAUCCAGUGUGAUAUCUGUGAUAGCUGGUACCACACUAGGUGUGAAAACAUUACAGCCACACUGGAGGAACUGGAAGAAAUGGAGUGGUUGUGCAGUUUUUGUACCCAGUAG